AUGCGAGUUGCCAGUAUCCUCUGGAUUGUCUUCGGUCACUGCAUCGUCCCUUAUGGAAACAGCGGGGCACGAGCAACGAAGAUGUUAGUUAUGGGUGAUGAAAUUGCUUCGUGUAUCAUAACAGCCGGAUUUCUGGCCGUUGAUACCUUCUUUUUUAUGAGCGGGUUCCUUCUCGCCUACAACAUCCAGCGGCAAAAGGCUAACAGAUUUUUUAUUACCAUCAUUGCCAUCGUGCGACGCUACAUUAGAACCAUUGUACCCAUAGUAGGCGUUAUUGCUUGUUUGUAUUUGGUUCCUGUGGUUGCUUCCGGUCCGGGCGUGGUCGGAAUGAUGAACAGGUUGAAUGAAGAGAUGGACAACCACUGGCUUGAACUGCUUCUGCAAGUGCGGAACUUCGGUAAAAAACUGCAAAACACGUCCAGCACUGCCCAUUUGUGGUAUGUCUCGGCGGACUUCCAGCUGUUUGUGAUAGCACUUCUGGUCUGCGUGUGCUUCAAAGGGUAA